AUGCCUAUAGACCUCAACAACCAAACCAUACAAGUCCCGGAUUCUAAGAGACCUGGUCAAACAGCCAUCUACCGAAAUUCAAGCUUUCCUGAACUCAUUGAAUCUGUAAAGCCAGAGAUAAAAACAACUUAUGAUAUUUUUGCGAAUGGUUUGUCCAUAUCGAGAAAUAAGCCAUGCUUCGGACGCCGUCCAUUAAUAAACGCACAGACCGGCGAAUAUGGUCCUUAUGAGUGGGAAACUUACCAAGAAGUUUCUGAUCGAAUCGACAAUUUCGGUUCUGGUCUUCUGGACUUAUUCGAAAACACCUUGAAUAUAAAAGACAGCAAAGCCCAUCCAGUUGGAAUAUGGUCUGUCAAUCGCCCUGAGUGGACUAUUACAGAUAUCACCUGUAGUGCCUAUUCACUCUUUAUUGUGGCACUAUACGACUCACUCGGUCCCGAAGCUGUUGAAUAUGCGAUCAAUCACUCCGAACUUCAGAUUGUCGUUUGCUCAAUCGAACAUAUCCCAAAACUCUUAAAAAUAAGCGAGAAAAUCCCCAGUCUCAAGGUGAUCAUCUCAUUAGAUCCAUUCGAGGGUCCUGGUUCCAUCAUAUCUACUCUAGACACCGAUAUUAUUGCUAUGGCUGCAGAAAAGAACAUCCACCUGGUCGAGUUCAAAGCGGUAGAAAAAUUAGGCGAGACAAAGAAGAAACCUCAUCGUUGUGCAGCACCAGACGACCUAACUUGUAUUAUGUACACAAGUGGAACAACAGGUUUACCAAAGGGUGCCAUGAUAACCCAAGAUAAUUGUGUGAUUUCUGUGUCUGCAAUAUACUUGCGCUACUGCCCAAAACAAACCGACAUCAGUAUUUCUUAUCUUCCUUUGGCACAUAUUUUUGCACGUUUGGCGGAUUGGAUGUUGAUUUUGGCAGGCUCACAAAUUGGUUAUUUCCGCGGCGAUAUGAGCCUAUUGAUGAACGACAUCCAGACACUGCAACCAACCUUUAUGAUCAUCGUUCCCCGUUUGUUGAAUCGAAUCUACAGCAAUAUUGCGCAGGCAACAAUACUAGCUCCUGGUAUCAAGGGUGCUAUUGCUCGUAAAGCCGUUUCGGCCAAAAUCGAGCGUCUUUCAAGCGGUGGUGGUGUCAACCACGCAUUCUGGGAUCCACUGAUUUUCAACAAGAUUAAGUCCGUGCUGGGUGGCAGAGUUCGUACCAUGAUUACUGGUGCUGCGCCAAUUGCCAAUGAUAUUCUUCAAUUUAUGCGAAUCGUUCUUGGGUGCUCACUUGUCGAAGGCUAUGGUGCAACAGAAACAUCUGCAGCUGCAACCGGACAGGAUCUCACAGAGUACACAGCUGGCCAUGUUGGUGCGCCCUUCCCAGCAAAUGAAAUCAAAUUAGUAGAUAUACCAGAUAUGAAUUACUUGUCAACCGACAAACCUUUCCCUCGUGGUGAAGUGUGUGUGCGCGGUAGAAAUAUAUUUAUUGGAUACUACAAAGACGAAGAGAAGACUCGAGAGGUACUGGAUAGCGAAGGAUGGUAUCACACUGGCGAUGUUGGCGCAAUUAAUGAACGUGGCUGUCUCCGACUGAUUGAUCGCAAAAAGAACAUCUUCAAGCUGGCUCAGGGAGAAUAUAUUGCUCCUGAGAAAAUUGAAAAUAUUUACGUCAAAGAACCGCUUGUGUCUCAGAUCUUUGUUCACGGCGAUUCGCUGCAACCCUGUUUGGUGGCUGUAAUUGUACCAGAUCCAGUCGCAUUGAAUAAAUUAGCACAACAAGUUGUUCCGGAAGAAACCCUUGAUUAUCAGGGUCAGUGUGACAACCCUGCCAUUCAAGAAGCCGUCUUGACUCAGCUAAAUUACGCAGCUAAAAAAGGAGGCUUGCUUGGAUUUGAAAUGGCCAAAGCCAUCUAUCUGGAAACCGACCCAUUUUCAACUGAGAACGAUAUCUUGACACCGAGUUUCAAGCUCAAGCGCCAUCAGGCCAUGAUUCAUUACGAGAAGCGGAUUGCAGAGCUAUAUGGCAAAUUGGACAUCAAGAAUGAAAAGGCAAUUUUCAACAAACAACAACAAUAGUAAUAAUAAUAAUUUAAAAGCUUAGUAAAUAGCUAGAAGUAAUACGGUACAUUUUUAAUAUGAAAAUAUAAACAUAUAAACAUAUAUACAUAUUUUAUGAUUUAUACAUCUAUACAUUACAAAUUU